CAAUUUUGACAUAAACAAGCGACGUUCAUAAACAUACUCUUCAAAAAUGUAAAACCAAAAAUAUUUGUUAGUGUUAUCAGUUUCAUUUAUUACAUUACAAAAUCAGCAAAGUUUUUGUUGUGUAGUUAAGUGAAUCAUUCAUAAUGACCAUCAUAUUCCAAUAAUGUUGUACAAACCUCAAAUUCAUGUGAUAACUUAAUUAUUUUUAUACGGGUGUAAAACAUUUUGAACGUUGUUUCUUCGCCAUCGCGCAAUCGGAACAUUAUAGCAAAUUUAGUUUUCCUUUAUCAAAUCAUAAUAUCUGGUAGAAUUUACUCAAGGACAUUCAAUUAACAAAAUAAUAUAAUUCAAUGUAGUGGCGAUAAGGGCGAGGUAGCUCCACUAACAUGGAGGACGACAUAGAGGAAUGUAUUAGGAAGAAAAUACAAUGGGCUAAGCUGCCAGCAAACGUUAAAAAGCUGUUAGGGGAUUCCAGCAAGGAGUAUGAGAGAUAUAUAUUUGAAUUCAGUAUUAAAAAUCAACUCCGGUAUAGGGGAAGUCUGGUGCGGACAGUCCAGAAAGAUGAGAGGAAAUAUUACGAGACUCUUGUGCAUAGCAGCAUUCAGAGGCUCAUGCUGUACCCCUACCAUCUGGCCGAUAUGAUUGUGAAAGGUCUGCGGAUAACCCCGUUCAUAUACUACGUGGAGGUGGUGGCGCUGCUGAUCGAGCUGGAGAAGAGCUACGACACCAUGCCCAACUUCACGGCCGCCGAUUGUCUUCGCUUGUUGGGUAUAGGCCGCAACGAAUACCUCGAGCUGGUAGCCAAGUCCCGCUCGCUGGGGCGUCGCGGGCGCUCUAAAGCCAUCCGGGCGUUACUGCCCCGGGUACCACUCAACAUACCCAUGCAGCCGUGGUGGCGGAUCGAGCUUGGCUAUGUGUUAGAAGCCGAUGUCAAGCCGCUCAGCGACCAGGAACGGGAGCUGAUCGACAUGCUGAUCGACCGCGGCUCGCAGACUGCCGGCACGCUCGACUACAACAUCGUUAAGACCUUGUACAGGCGCGGGCUAAUAUACCUGGACGUGCCGAUCACGGCCGAAGACCGCGUGUCCGUCCCGCCGUUGAAGGGGUUCGUCAUGAACCGCGUCGCUGGAGACUACUUCGAGACGUUAUUGUACAAGGUCUUCGUCUCCAUUGACGAACAUACUACGGUGGCUGAGCUGGCGGCGGUGUUACAGGUUGAAUGCGGCCUAGUUAAGCAGGCCGUGUCCCUGUACUGCCGACUAGGGUUCGCACAGCACCUGCAACCCCCGCGGGUCCCCAACCCGCACGCGUCCUGGCAUACAGCGCUCACACAGCCUCUACACCCACAGUACAGUCAAAUAUCGCCGCUAACAUUCAACGCCAACAUGGAAGAGGAGGUAUUACAAAUGGAGCCCGUACUUAUGAAAGAACCGUCCACGUCCAAACAGAGCUGUCAAGACAUGAACGACAACUCCAGCAACAGUGGCGGCAAGAGGGUGGCGCUGCUGUUCGACUCUACUCUAGCCGCCUACCUCAUGAUGGGGAACCUCUCACCGGAUCUCAAAACUCAUGCUGUUACGUUAUUCGAAGUUGGCAAGAUUUGCGAUGAAAGUCUGGAUAGUUUACUUAUGGAAUUAGAUAAGGUGGCAGGGGACCCCGAAAUCGAAGGCGAGGCGGCGCGCUACCUGGCGGCGGCGGCGUGCCUGCGGCGCACGCUGCGCACGCUGCGGCCGCGCAUGCGCCCGCUCGACCUGCUGCGCUGCGAGGCGCUGCACGCGCUGCCCGCGCCGCAGCGCUCGCGCCUGCUGCAGCACAAGUACAGGCUAGCGGUAUCGACGGCGCCUUUGUGCCGCGAAGCCCGCGCCGGGCUGGCGGCAGGCGCGCUACCCCACGUGGGCCCGGCCCCGCCCGAGGCCUCCACGCCCUGGAUGAGGCUGUACCUGUACCACGUUGCCGGCUACGGGCCGCCCACGCUGCUACUGAAGAAAGGCACGGUGGUCCGCAGCGUGCCGCGGCUGCUGCUGGGGUUCUCGCGGCUGCUGGUGGCGUGGUGGGGCGCGGAGGCGGCGCUGGACGGCGCGGGCGCGGCGCCGGGCGCGCUGCCCGCCGCCGCCGCGCUGCGCGCCGCCAACCAGGCGCUGCGCCGGGGGCCCGUGCUGCUGCAGGCUGUUGGAGUUCGACAACCGGCGAAGCUAAAACAUGUCGUGUUCCCUCCUGAAGCCGACAAGUCUCCUGAGACCAGUACUUUAUGGACGCGGCAUGCUGGACUGAGACGGCUAGCAUCCCGGCUGCGGCUGUCUCGCUCUGUCGGUUACGUGACACUAGCUGACAUAGGAGUUCCUGAUUUGGGCGCACGACCGCCCCCUACCGUGCAACUCGUUGCGCCGCGCAAAAUGAAAGAUGUGUGCGGCAUAGCGAAACCCGUAAGCGAAGUGUCGAUAUCGUCGACCGAGUCGGGCGACAAGUCGGACGACAAGCGGCUGCAGUCGCCGAUCGAGUCGCACUUCGCGGUCACCCCGUCCACGGACAGCAAGGCUAGCUCGCCGGCGAAUGGCUUCACUACGGUGGAAGGUGGCCAGCUACUCCGAGAAGAGCUCGACAGCCUCGCGGUCGGCGACACCACACGAAGCAAGGAGUCCCUCCCGUCCAGCGACGACCUGGUCCCCAUACAUUCCUCCUCCACCAGCACGGAAGACUUGAAGGACAAACCCACAGAAUGGCGAAGCAAGGACUCUAUCUCAGAUAUCCCUCGUUGCUCGAGCGCGGAUUUUAACUUUGAGAAAGGGAAACAGUUGAAUGAGUUGUUGAGCCCGGCCGAGGAGUCGAUAUCGAUGUUCACGCAGCUGAGCGACAAGUUGACGGAGAUGACGGAGGGCGAUAGCGGAGUUGAUACGGCGCAUACUGACGAUGAGACGUGUAAACCAGAGAAAUGGACUAUACUUGAUCUCCAAUUUGGCAUUCCAUUGUUCGACGAGGUGCUGUGUGAGAAGAUUUGUAACUGUUUAGCGGACCGGAUAGCGGAACCAGAAUUAUUGGACAAAAUUAAGGAAGACAAUGAGUUCCUAUGCUCGGAUGUAUUAAAAUUUGUGUCACAAUGCCAAUACUACCCCGGAGAAGACAUGGGCAUAGUGAAGCGAGGUACCCUGGUCCCCUUGCCUAGAAAAAAUCUGGCGUUUGAAAACGGCCGCAUCAGCGAGUGGAGCGGGAAAUGACGCCUUCUCGCUCACACUUGCCUAUUCUCCGUAACUACGCCGCUGUGCGAAAGAGACCGUCGUAUAUUGGUAUAUUCAGUUUAGGUUGCGUAUUCGAUGUCCGUUUACAGUGCAAAUGAAUAUUUCGACUGUUUAUUGUAUUAAGAGCAACAUAAGUAGCUAACCAUUGGC